UAAGGGUUUUUGGGUCACAAAGGUGGGGUUGUUUGCUUUGGAUAAUCUUCUUCACUUCAGAAUAUGAUGUUUGUCAAAUUCUCUGGCCCCAGGAACAUGUUUUUGUAUUGUAUUUUUCUGUAAAUUUGAUGUUUUAACAUAGAAAACCAUACUCAUUUUAAGGCCAAAAAAAAAAAAACUUUGUUUUAUUGAUGCACUAGUAUGCAGAUGCUAUUUUACAAGGAAAAAACUUAACUUGAGUCAAUUGAAUUCAUUAGGAUUAGAAUACUGAUGCGCAAGGAGUGACAAGCACGGGGUUUAUGGAGAUUUUUAUAGUAGAUAAGAUGGUUUGGUAUUGCAAAAAAUUUCCCUGCUGCUUUGAAUAGUUAUGUAUGCUAUAUCUGGUGCGAUUUACGUUGACCAAAUGGGUUAUGCUAUGAGUAGAUUAGAGGUCGAGUCUAGUGAAGGUGAAGAUGGAAAUGCAAACGUUGAAGAUUCUAGUACUGGACAAACCAAAAAGGCAUAUAAAAAUCUAGACAAUGAAAUUGCUCAAAUAACUAAGUUGAAAUCAACACCUCAUCAACUACUAAUACAUGAUGGAUCUGGAAGGAAAGAGUUGCCUGUUUCGCCAGUAAAGAUGCUGGCAGGUCGCGAAUCUAAUCGUUCGGGACGGGGAAGGUUUUCGUCCGCUGAUCGGUGUCAUAUUUUGAGCAGAUAUUUGCCUGUAAAUGGUCCCUGGCUUAUUGAUCAAAUGCCUAGUCGAGCGUACGUGUCUCAGUUUUCAGCUGAUGGUUCUCUUUUUGUUGCCGGUUUCCAGGGAAACCACAUAAAGAUAUACAAUGUGGACAAAGGUUGGAAAGUUCAAAAAAACAUUCUAACCAAGAGUUUGAGAUGGACAAUCACUGAUACUUCUCUUUCUCCUGAUCAACACUACCUCGUUUAUGCUAGCAUGUCGCCCAUUGUACACAUUGCAAAUGUUGGAUCUUCCGAGACAGAUUCACUAGCAAAUGUGACGGAGAUUCACGAUGGUUUGGAUUUUUCAUCAAACGAUGAUGGAGGAUACUCUUUUGGAAUUUUCUCUGUGAAAUUCUCAACAGAUGGGAGGGAAUUAGUUGCAGGAACUAGUGGUGAUUCUAUAUAUGUAUAUGAUCUUGAAGCAAAUAAGGUUUCACUUCGAAUUUUAGCGCACACGGCUGAUGUAAAUACUGUUUGUUUUGCUGACGAAACUGGUCAUCUUAUUUACUCUGGAAGUGAUGAUAGUUUCUGCAAGGUAUGGGAUCGGCGUUGCUUAAAUUCCAAUGGCAAGCCGGCAGGGGUUUUGACGGGCCACCUUGAGGGGAUUACAUUUAUUGAUACUCGUGGAGAUGGACGGUAUUUCAUUUCAAAUGGUAAAGAUCAGACCAUCAAACUUUGGGACAUACGCAAACUCUCGUCCAAUGUUAACUGUAAUCGUGGAUAUAGGAGUUUUGAAUGGGAUUACAGGUGGAUGGAUUACCCGUCUCAACCAAAAAAAGCGAAUCAUCCUUGUGAUCAGUCAGUAGCUACAUAUAGAGGCCAUUCUGUCUUACGCACUCUUAUCCGCUGCUUUUUCUCUCCAUCUUUUAGCACUGGCCAGAAGUACAUCUAUACUGGAUCACACAAUGCCUGUGUUUAUGUAUAUGAUUUGGUGACAGGAGCACAAGUUGCAACACUGAAGCAUCAUAAAUCACCUGUAAGAGAUUGUAGUUGGCAUCCCUUCCACACUAUGCUUGUUAGUUCUUCUUGGGAUGGGGAUGUUGUAAAAUGGGAAUCUGCUGGAAGCUCUGAUAUGGCAGCCUCUUCGGUUAAGAAGAGGGUAAACAAAAGACAUUUUUAUGAUUACCUAUGAUGUCAGUUAAGCCACUAGGUCUGGUAUAGUGGUGAGGAGUUUGUGUAGUAUGCAUGAAGUUUUAGGUUCGAUCCUCAUUGGCUCCCUUGUAAACCUAUGAUGUCAGUUAAAUCAGUUAUGAAAUGAUCUGGUAGAUCCAUAAGUGUUGAUAUGAAAUUGUAUAUGGUGUUUGACAUAAUAAGGUAUAAUAUAAACCACCACAAAGUAUUGUACAUAAAUACUACUAAUAAAUAACCACUUAAAUUCACAGUGGCUUGCUUCA